AGACUCCAUACAUGCGGUGAGCUCCGGAAAAUGCUGCGGUGACCAAUCAGGAGCCAGGCGCAGGUCAAGUUCCGGCAUGCCGCACCGUACUGCGUUGAGAUCAAAAUAUUUUAAUUUUUCCGCACUACCGCACGUCAUUCGGCUAGAGUCGAGAACCGUCGGAGAUUUUCGGAAUUUGGUGAAAACCACUGAAUGUUUAUAGCUGACGUUGCAGGUUAUGUCGUAUGAAACCAGCUAUCAACCAUGGAAUCGAUCAACGAUGAAAAUUCGCCAAAUGUGGAAUAUAAUUCUGAGAACGUCAAUGAACUUAUUAUUCAUUACGUCAGAAGCCUCCCGCAGUUAUGGGAUUUAAAAAACAAAGAGUAUAGAGACAACGUUUUAAAAAAAAAAUUGUGGUGUCAGGUAGCUCAGGAACUUAAUGUGACUGAUGAGUUUGUGAAGAACCGAUGGAGACAGCUUCGAGAUAGGUACCUAAAAGAGAAAAAGAAGUCCGUAACAAAAAGUGGGCAAGCAGCUCAUCAUUUUUUUCCAUGGCCACUUAUGGCAAGCUUAAGUUUUUUGUCGGAUGUAGUGGAACCUCGCAAAACUGUAACAAACUGCCAAAGUUUUGUCAUUGAACGUCCAUCAUCCAUUGAUACGUCAUCGUCAGCACCAUUGGAGACAUUUGAAACAGAAGGAUAUAUGCAAAAUGACACAGAAGAGUUUCAAGUGGACUAUAUGCAGGAUACUAAUACGAGGCAGGCAGGACAAACACAAUUCUGUCCACCGCGUCCGUUAAGUAUACUGUCUUGUCGUAAUAGUGCCUCGCCUCGUCCUAAUAGUGCCUUGUCUCGUCCUAAUAGUGUCUCGCCUAGUCCUAAUAGUGCCUCGCCUCGUUCUAAUAGUGCCUCGCCUCGUCCUAAUAGUGCCUCGCCUCGUCCUAAUAGUGCCUCGCCUUGUCCGUAUAGUGUCUCGCUUAAUAGUGCUUUGACUCGUCCUCCAAGAGCUCAAUCUCGACCUCCGAGCAUGUCGCCUCAUUCUGAGAGCUAUUCUGAUAGCCAUUCUCAACAAAAUCAGACCCAACCUGCAAAACGAGGAAAAAGGCAAUUGACUGAAACGCGUACAGAUGCGGUCGAUCAGGCAAUUUUAAACUUUGUGGAAAAACGAACUUCAACCGACACCAUGAAUUCAGACGAUCUUUUCUAUUUGUCUAUAUCGCGGGAUUCACAGCAUCUAAACGUAAAUGCGAAAUUACGUUUAAAGACACUUGUAUUACAAGCGCUUUCUCAAGUUGUGGCAGAGGAACAAAAUAUAACUUGAUCGAUUGCAUUUUUUAAAA